AUGGCCUCAACCAACCCUUCGUACCUCAUCAUCGGCGCCGGUGUAUUUGGCGUAUCGACCGCUUUCCAUCUCAUCCAGAAAUACCCUAAUACGUCCGUCACUUUGGUGGACCGUGAUGCAUACGACGCCGACUCUCGCGUCGCAGCAUCAUGGGAUUGGAACAAAGUGGUUCGCGCCGACUACGAUGACAAAGUCUACUGCAAACUAGCGCUUGAAGCUCAAGAUAUUUUUAAAUCCGAUCCUCUGUGGCAACCGCACUUCCACCAAACAGGCGUUUACUGGAAUUGCCGCAGCGACUACGCACAAAAUGUCAUCACCAACCACAAAGAGCUUGGUCGUACCGACGAUAUCAUUGCGUUGCCCGUCGCCGAGGCCCGAAAGCUUUACGGCGGCAUUUUCGACAAUGCAGACUACACCGGGGUUAAGGAGGUUCUUAUCAACAGGGCUAGUGGCUGGGCCGCUGCCGGCGAUGCGCUUCGCGCCGUCACAAAACGGUGUCUGGAACUGGGCGUGAAGUAUGUGACGGCUGAAGUUGCCAAUCUGGAGUUUGAUGGCCGCGGCUCUUGUACCGGACUGAAGACAAAAUCUGGAGAGGUGCUAUCGGCUACUCAUACGGUCGUUGCUGCGGGAGCUUUCACGCCUACAUUGCUGGAGUGGAGUGCUGCUACAAGUGGCAAUCCUGGCCUGCGGGCUGGUGAACGCAUUUUGGCCGCUGGUAUUACCACCGGAAUGGCACAGCUGAACGAUGAGCAGUAUGAGAAGUACAAGGACAUGCCUGUUGGCUUUCAAGGCUACACACCAGAAGAGGGCAAGCCGUUUAUUGGUACUCUUCCUCCUACCCCGGAUAAAGAGCUCAAGUGGUGGGGAUCCAAGAUUUUCACAAAUACUCGCGAAGUACUACCUGGCCGUUCCAUCUCUUCUCCUCCGCCCACAUUCGACUACAACCAGUGGAAGGUUCCAGGACCCCUCAAGCAGGACAUCAUUGAGGCCAGGAAUCUGUGGUAUGGACCUCAGAGUGCCGAUUGGAAGAUGACGAAGCACCGAAUCUGCUGGGACGCUUUCACCACCACAUCUGACUUUAUCAUUUCCCCUCAUUCCGCCUCCCGGGGACUUUACGUUGCGACAUGUGGUUCUUUCCACGGGUAUAAGUUCUUCCCCGUGCUUGGGAAGUAUGUUACACAGAUGCUUGAGAAUGAGUUGGAGCCUGAAUUGGUAGAAAAGUGGGCUUGGGAUCGACAGCGACCUGAUUCAUCUGAGAAUGUGGAAUACCCGAACUCCGAGAUGAGACAUCUGUUGCAGCCGGCAGCGAAGCUAUAA